AUGACUACUAAUAUGAUGCUGUCACUUAAUACACUACCAGUCGAACUUUUAUAUCGUAUUUUUGAUAGUCUCGAUGCAGAAACAAUACUUUUUUCUAUACAAUAUGUAUGCAAACGAUUCCAUUUGAUUAUUAUCAAUUACAAUCGAUACAAAUUAAAUUUUAAAACAAUAUUUAAACAUAGUUUUCAUCAGCUGUGUCGUACUACUGAUCCGAAAAAUAUCAUUUCAUUGAUUUUAUCGGAUGAUAAUCAAACACCAGGACAAAUUGAACUGUUUCUUUCUCUCUAUCGUAUAGAAGAGUAUAUUCGACUUCAAUCGGUAACUCUUAUGGCAAUUGAAGAAUUCUAUUUGAAUAUUAUUUUAAAACAUUUAUCAAGCAAUUGUUCACUUACAUCUCUGGUAAUCCAUUGUGAAUUAAAUUCUGUUCUAAGUACUGAAACACUUCUAUUCCUUUCGUUGACUAUUGGAAAAAACAGUCUUCGUAAACUUGAUUUAAAUUUAGGAUAUACGAAUAUAGACAAAUUCGAAUGGCCAUUAGAUUGUUCGAUUCAAUAUCUUCGAUUGUCAAACCGUAUUCGAUUCGAUAAGUUUUGUAUGAUUCUUCAUUGUUUACCGUCUAUUAAAACAAUGAUUUUACGAGACUGUCUAAUAAAUGAUAUUAAAGAGAUUAAUAAUUUAAUUUCUAAUAAUAUAUUAUAUCGACAAUUAACAUCACUAACAUUCGAAGAUUGUGAUUUAAAAAUGACAAUAAUCGAAUCACUUUUAUCUCUUACACCUUCAUUGAUACAUCUUAUAAUAAUAGGUAAUAGUGAUGAUUUAUUUGAUGGUGCUCGAUGGGAAAAAUUCAUUCAAACAAAAUUACUGGACUUAAAUAAAUUUCAAUUUGCUUUUCAAAGUAAUAUGAAUAUUAGUCAUGAUCCGACUGGUUUAGAAUCCCUUCUGAUGCCAUUUCAAACACCAUUUUGGCUUGAAACUAAGCAAUGGCUUGUUACUGCUUUAUGUAUUCAAAGUUCGCAAUUUAUCAAUCUCUAUACAACGCAAGAUUGUGUAUCAAAAAUUAAUUUUCAUGCACAAGCAAACAAAAUUAUACGCUCUACGGCUCCUACAAUAAUCGAAGAUAAACUAACGAUGGAUAAUGUACGUGAAAUAAGUUUAGAUUUAAUGGAAAUGCAAGUUGAUAUGAUAGAAAAGGUAGAUAUAAAAAUUAAUUGUAUUAAAUUUUUCUUAGCUUUUUCAUCUUAA